AGACGCCAGCUUCUCGAGGGGGCAGAAACUGAGGAGGAGGAGGAGGAGACAGAGAGAGCCAGAGCGGUUCCUGGAGAUCGUGUGUGUGUGUGUCUGUAUGCGCGCGCGCUUCCUCCCUCCCCCUAAUCUCCCCUCUUCUCUGUGUUGCCAGAUCAACCCCACCAGCCAACGGGGGAAAAAAAAGAGAGAAGUCGCUUCUCCAGCCCACCGCCCGCCUACCAGCUCACAGCCCAUGAGGUACUGUGGCAAUGUGUGCGGUCUGGAGCAAAGGUUUACUGCCAUCCUAAAUUGCCCCCGACGAUUAUGGGCUGUAUUGGCUCCAAAACCACCAUCGUGGCUGUGGACACUACUUUGCACGUGGAGUGGACCGAGGCGAAGUCCCUGCCCGCCCUCUCGCCCCUGGGCCACACCCGGACCUCCCUAGUGCGCAGGCUGGUUCGCCAAAGCUCUGUGGACAGCCAGGAUUCUCUCGAGGUAAAUGUUGAAGACACUGUCGAAAUGUUACCCAAGUCCCGGCGAGCACUCACCAUCCAAGAAAUCGCGGCCCUCGCACGGUCCUCAUUGCACGGUAUUUCACAGGUGGUGAAGGAUCAUGUGACCAAGCCCACAGCCAUGGCUCAAGGCAGGGUGGCCCACCUCAUCGAGUGGAAGGGCUGGUGCAAGCCCAUGGACUCGCCGGUGGCUCUGGAAAGCACAUUCAACUCCUAUUCGGACCUCAGCGAAGGAGAGCAGGAGGCCAGGUUUGCUGCAGGUGUGGCCGAACAAUUUGCCAUUGCCGAAGCCAAGCUGAGGGCCUGGUCUUCGGUGGAUGGCGAUGAUUCCAACGACGAGUCCUACGAUGAAGAUUUUGCCACUUCCACCGACACAACACAACCAGCUGAUGCCGCGAGCCAGCUGCCCCCCAGCACGCUGCUGAAGGGUUUCCUGCACAGCCGCUUGUGCCAGCUGAAUGCCCGCCAAGGCUCCUGCGACCCAGAGAGCGACUCCUCCCAGACCACCAUCUCUCCGGAGACCUUGUGCUCCAGCCUCUGCAGCCUGGAGGACAGCCUCCUCCUCAAGGAGCUGGGCUCGCCCUCAGAACUGGCCGCCAAGCUGCUGGGCCCCAUGUCGGGCGAGGAGGAGCUCCUCCUCUCCAAGUUGCCCCCACAGACAGCCGGGGAAUGUGCCUUCCGGAGCCUAGCGCAGCUCGAGUGCCUGGACUCAAUGUACUCCAUGUCCUUCACCGAGUCCUGCCUCUCGCCCACCGAAGACGAGGGCAUCCCCUGCAAGGACUACAAGGGUCACGAGGACAGCUGCCAGGUCCGGAGGAAAGUGUCCGAUGUGGCCUCUUCAGGCGUGGUCUCCCUGGACGACAACGAAGAGGAGGAGGAGGAGGAAGAGCAAGAGGAAGACACCGGCGAGCAGUGAGACCCGCUCUCGCCGCGGCAUGCUUCACCUGCCAUUUUUCUGUCCUGCUCCGUGGCAUCCGCCCUCGACCGUGCUCCGUGGCCCGCCUGUCGUCCUGGAGCAGGGGCUCCCCCUUCCCUCACCAGGUGGCGGCCUGGCUGUCUGCAGGGCAGGGGGAGGCGGGGUGGUAAGCCGACCAGCGCCCCCUGCCCUGCCCUGCCCUCCUGCCUUCACCUCCACUGUGCCAUCUGAUCCAACCAUUGAAGCCUGAGGGGGGCCUCUCCCACGCGUGGCUCCGUGGAUUUUGCCUGCUGCAUUUUCUCUCUCUUUCUCUCUCUCUCGUGGUCUGUUUCGUUUUCUUUGCAUGAGAAUGUCUUGAGGGUGGGGCGGGGGUGGGGGAAGAAUCAAGCAAAGCGACAGAACAAAAGCAACAGCGGGGCAGCUGGACAAACCCCCACGCCCGCCCGUCUGCCCCCAAAUCUAGGGCCUGUUGGGAGCAUGCUGUGCUCUCCCUGAUCUCAGUGCCCCCACCCAGGGUUGGUGCGGAGGGGGGGGGAGAGAAGUGGCCCAUCUCAUGCUGUCCAAGUGGCAUGGCUAAACUGUGAUGACGACGACCCUUAAGACAAUUUAACUAAUAUAUAUAUCUAUAAAUAUAUAUGUAUAUCUCCGCGCCUGACCCCUUCCCCUUCCAACUUCUCCGGCUCGAGGUUGAAGGGCUGAAACAGAAUGUGGAAUGCAAUGGAUGCUUGAUUUGUUAUGCCUUUUUUAUAUAAAGAAAAAAGAAAAAAAGAAAAAAAAUCCACACUGGCCCAAAUGGACACUUCUCGGCUUUUACUGUCUUGAAUUUUAUACUAUGGACCCGCCGGGGAAAAGAAGGGUUAAGGAGGGAGCAGGGUAUUACGAGGUGGGGGGGGCAGGGCUUGCUAUGCACUCCUCUUCCCCCCUACUCCCUUCCUUGGGAAGAAGCCGGGAGCAUGGCAGGGCGUCGGUGGGAGCAGCCAAUCCUCCCACCCCAGAUCUUUUCUAUAUUUUUGUAUGUGUGUGUGCGUGUGUGUCUGUGUUGCUGUCAUCCUCGCGGGCAUUGCUCUUCCUCCUGUGGACGGGUUUUCUAAGGGGUCCGCCGCUCCCUCCACGCUUCCAUCCUGGACAGCCCGGGGUGGGAAAAUACUGUGAUCCUCAUCCCACCUCUCCUCUGCCCCUUUGCAGUUCACCCCACUGCACAAGACCCCGUGAGGAAGGGAUCCGCCUACCCCAGCCCCCAGCUCUAAGCAGCUCCAAAUGUGAGGGGGACCCUUACCCUCCAGCAGGGCUCUAAGGUGGUGCCAGGGGGUUAGAAUGACUUCAAGUCCACUCAUGCCUUGGCUAACUGUGGAUUAGGGAACCUUUCACGCACCCUUUAAUUCCCCAUUGUUCAUGUGGCCGACUACUGUUGCUCCACCCUUUCUCACUCCUAAGCAAAGUUUCCUUGCGCUUAGAAAAUCCAAACAGGACGGCUGCAUCAGUUGCACAAGGACUCUCCAGAUUUAUUUUAUUAUUUAUUCCAAUUUAUAAUGCUCUUCACCCAAAGAUACAGUAUAAGGACACAAAACACGUAACAAAAAAAUUAUCAAAAUAAUAAAUAACACCCACCCCUCCGCAGACACAUUUAAAAGACAAUGGGUUGUUUAAUUAGCCAAAGGUCUGGUUCUUAAAGGCAUGUAAUGAAGGCGCCAGUCAAGCCUCCCUGGGGAGAGCAUUCCACAAAUGGGAAGCCACUGCAGAAAAGGCCCUGUUCUUGUGUUGCCACCCUCUGGACCUCUUGUGGAGGAGGCACAUGAAGAAGAGCCUCGGAUGAUGAUCUGGAUCAGUUCAUGUGGGGAGAGGUGGUCCUUGAGGUAUUGCAGUCCUGAGCCCUUUAAGGCUUUAUAGGUCAAGACCAGCACUUUGAAUCGGGCCUGGAAAGUAAUUAGCGGUAAGCACAGUUUGGGCCAGGGUAGGUGUAAUAUGCUUGAACUGUUUCCCCCCGCUGAGCACCCUGGCUGCUGAUUUCUGCACCAUAGAAUUAGGGAUGAGAAAGUGUGGGGCAGCAGUAGUUGUGCGGAGAACGCCACAUGGACAAGGGGAAGUUAAAGGAGGCACAAGGGAUUCAACAACCACCAGGGUAUGGACAGGCCUAAAUCUGUAUGGUGGGUUAAUUAGGCAUACAGGCCAGGUUUAUCUAGUCUCCAAACUUCUGCCAGUUUUAUGCCAGCUCAACUGUUACGGCUGCUUCAGAAGGAUCCCCAGGGACUGCGGUUUGGUCAGAGCCCUGAGGGUUCUGUUAAAGAUCCUUAGCACCUCCUCGCACAACUACUGUAGCAAAGUUCCCUGGGGAGGAGUGCUACGAAAAAGCAGUGUUAAGUCUGCAGUGCGUACCUAUAUGCCCAGAAAAAGGGGGCACACAGAUGCAAGCCUGCGUAUCCCCUUGACAUGCAUCGCUCCAUAAAUCCUGCCACCUGCAUGCACACAGGUGUACUGUAGCACAAGUCUGCUCCCUGCCCCCCCCCACAUGCACAUGCAGAAGAGACACACACACACCUCUUUUAAAGCAGUUAAAAAGCAUAACCCCUUUCCCACCCACCAGUAAUUCUGGGAAUUGUAAUUCUUAGGGUUGCCAUUGUUUAAGACUGCCCCUUCUCCUAGGUCUGUGAUAUCAGCCUGAUCCACAGAAAUGUUGCAGGUGAAGCUUCACUGUCCGCCACUGUUUCUCUAUGCUAAAUUGCUUAUCCCCUGAUAAAUUUCAGUGGGUCAGGCAGUUGGUAAAGGCCCCAGGAUCAGUAAUAAAAGUUGGUAACCCUAAUUCUGAUAGGUGGUUGGUUCGCUUU